UACAAUUUUCGGCGGGCGGCGGUGGCAGGACGUUAUACAUUUCGUCAAGAUUUCGUCUUGAAUCCGACCGACUACGCUGCGAGAACGAGUCCAAAAGAAUACGAACCAAGAAACCGUGAGUGCAUACGCAAAUAUACUCAGAGGAAGUGCAAGAAGAUAUCCAGUGAGCUGCAAAUUAUUAUUAUUAGCUUCACUGCAAGAAUUCUAGAAACAUCUUUUUUUGCUACCUAUCGGAAAUCGGUAAGCUGAAACGAAACGCAAGAACUAGCAAUAGUAACACUACACGAUCGAAAAGUGAGUUCGGGGUGAGUUUCGAUCUCACUCGCUCCACAAGCUUCAUCGCAGGAGUGAGCGGGACGCAAGAUCAUCGGCCUUCGGACAUCUCGUUCGAUACGAAAAAUCGUUCGCGUGUAUUGUUUAUGGUUUUAUUUUUUUUAUAGCGUAGCGUUGUUCGUUCUUUUUCAUAUUUUAUCCGCCAUUACGUUUGUACAUUUUACAUUCAACGAAAAAAUAAUUGUUUGUAACGAAAUUACUAACGUAGCGAUAUAUUUACAAGUAAAAAUAAGUUUAAAGUUUUGUAAACAUGGCAGAGGAGAAGGAGAAAGAGAAAUUAAGCACACUUGUUGCCAAACGUGGAUACAUAAAAGUUCUCAACCAAAAUGAUAUCGAGGAUUUUGGAAAAGUCGAGGAAAUAUUUUACUUUUCCAAGGCCAUGUUACUUGACGAAAUUGAAAAACGCAACAAGAACGACUCCUCUUCUACUCCUCCGCCAAGUACAUCCAGCGUAAACGACAGGAAACUCAAACUUCCUGCAAUAAACAUAGAAAUAUUUGAUGAUGGAUUCACAUCCCGCGCCUUCCAACUCGAAAGGGAGAUUGGGAAGGAGCCAACAGUUGCCGAAUUGUUAGCAUUCCUCGAGAAACGAGCUCUAGCUGCAGAAAAUUCUCCGGCAACUGCAAGCAAUUGGAAGCCUGCUUCAAGACUGGCAGUCAACAUAGCAGUCCAGGGAUCAUCCUGCAAGAAAUGUGCUCCUGCCAUCUACUCCGACGACGAGCACACAGCCGCCGAGCCAGCCCUCGUACCAGCCAUCGAGGCAGCCGUCGUGUCAGCCGCUGAACCAGCCAUCGUGCCAGCCGCCGCCGAGCCAAUCGCAGCAGCAUGAGCAAAAAGAUUCAGCCUUACCUAUAAUUACUAACACCAGGUUUGGUCAUAUAGUGGGGGGUGCUUUACCAAUAUUCAACAAGAGUAAAAACAAUGCUAAUUGCAAUAUAAUAUCAUUGCAUUGUCACACAUGCGAUAACGAUAUCAGUGAGCUAAAUGAAAAUAUAAAAAACUUCUGGAAAUUAGAGGAUGUUCCCCAAAUACUAAGUGACAAAUGCAGUGAAUCAGAGCAAGCUGAAUUAAUUUUUUCUAACUCUGUAAAACUUGAAAAUAAUAAGUUUCAAGUUGAUAUUCCAUUAAAAGUAAACCUUAAUGAGGUCAAUCACACCUUAGGUAGCUCUUUUGAUCUUGCAUUAUUUAGAUUUCUUAGCUUAGAAAAAAGGCUACACAAAAAUAUUAAUUUACUAACUCAAUAUCAAAAUUUCAUUGAUGAAUACAUUGACUUAGGCCAAGCGCACUAUGUUGAUAUUAAUUCAUACGAUUUUUCUAAAGACCCUGUAUAUUUUCUCCCUCACCACCCAGUGGUAAAUGAGGCAAGCAAGAGUACACCCAUGAGAGUAGUUUUCAAUGGCUCCAUGCGAACAAAUAAAGGUGUAUCAUUAAAUGACAUACAGCUUAAUGGGCCUAAAGUUCAGCGUGAUCUUUUUGACAUAUUAAUGUUGUUUAGAUUUGGAGAAUACAUGGUUACUACAGACAUCAGGCGCAUGUUUAGGAACAUUAAUAUAAAUCCUGCACAUAAACCACUUCAAAACAUACUGUGGCGAAAUAACUUGCAUGAGGAAAUUCGGUGUAUAUGCUUAGAUACUGUUACUUACGGUUUAAAAAGCUCGAGCUAUCUCGCGACACGGUGCUUACUUGAGUUAGCUAAUAGGUUUGAGCAUGAACUCCCUCUAGCUUCUUUUGUUAUUAGAAACUGUACAUAUAUAGAUGAUGUGCUAUAUAGCAAUUCAAACUUAGAUAUUUUAAUUGAAACCAAAAGACAGUUGUGUGCAAUGUUAAAGUAUGGAAGCUUAGAAGCUCAUAAGUGGUCUUCAAAUCAAGCCAGUGUUCUGUCAGAUAUACCAAUUGAAAAACAACAUUUUGAUAGUUUAGAUUUUGAACAAGAUUGUAAUUUUAAUAUGAAAACUUUAGGUUUGCAAAUGAACUUGAAACAAGAUUCUUUCACUAUUUCAAGUCCUGAUAAUUCGUCAUCAGGAAAUAUCACAAAAAGCACAGUCUUAAGUUGUAUCGCGCGGUUCUAUGAUCCCCUAGGUUUUGCUAGUCCGAUUAUAAUUAAGGCUAAGGCUAUUAUGCAAAGAUUAUGGGAAGACAAGUUAGAUUGGAAUGCUCCUGCACCCAAAGAAAUUGUUCAUGACUGGCUACAAUUUUCUAACAACUUAGCUAGCAUGCAACCUAUUCAUUUAGAUAGAAAUAUACCAAUACCAGAGACAGCUGUUGCAGUACAACUCAUUGGGUUCGCCGAUGCGUCCUCCACUACUGGCUACGGGUGCUGUCUAUACUUACGUGUGGUGGACACAACAGGUAAUGCAAAACUUUUCUUACUCUGCUCCAAGUCACGAAUAAACCCACGCGCAAAGCCACUCACCGUCCCCAGGCUCGAACUGCAUGCAGCACUGUUGUUGGCGAAGCUUGUUUCUAAGGUAUAUGAUACACUUCAUAUAAAAAUAAAAAUUGACAAUGUUUAUC